AUGCUACAAGCCGUUUCUGCUCUGCGCAACUCCAAGGCGCUCGCGCCGCUGGCGUGCCGCGCGGCGUCCACGGCGGCCCCGAAGCUGAUGACCGCCACGCUCUCGUGCGAGGGCGAGCGCGCGACGACCACCGCGAGCAAGGACGGCAAGACGUGGCUCGUGGACGAGCCCAAGAAGCUGGGCGGCCGCGACGAGGGCCCCUCGCCCCUCGCGACCUUCCUGUCGGGUCUGUUGGGCUGCGAACAAUUCACGGCCUUCGUGGUGGCCAAGGAGAUGGGCAUCAAGUUCGAGAAGUGCUCGUGGUCGGCCUCGGCGCCGUUCGACAUCGCGGCGCACAUGGGGAAGCCCGGGCACGACUACGCGGGCUUCACGGAGAUCAAGGUUGAGGGCAAGGUGCAUGAGACGGACGCGACGGACGAGCAGCUGGCGGAGCUGGCGGCCAAGGUGGAGAAGCGGUGCAUUCUGGCCGCGACGCUGCACAAGACGGGCAUCCCGAUGAGCUGCGUGCUCACCAAGGCAUGA